AGCUUGGAAAGAUUACACUAUCUGUGAAUGAAUGAAACUGGAAAGAAAGACUUAUUUCUUACUUAUCCUGUAUGUUCUGAUAAGUUUGUGUGAACAUAAGAACAGAGUUGAUUAUUUAGAAGGCUUAAGUACAGGUUUUGUGUGGAUUCUAUCUGUGAUAUAUGGGAAAUUAAAGUUUAAAUCACCACUGGCCAGUCAUGCUCCACUGACCACAAACUGACCACACUGAAUGUACACAGGACAUAUCUGAAAGGAAAGACAUUGUUAAUAGACAAUCAACAGUGAAAAUUUGUUGUGGUGUGUGAGAACCUUGCUUCAUAAAAAGGAUUUGUUGCAUACAUAGAAUCAUACAAAUCACUGUGAAGCUUGCAUCAUUUAAUUACUGUGAAUUUAUGUUUGAAACAGUUCUGUCUUCUAAGUUUGAUUUGAUAAAAAGCACAAUGUAGAAGCAAAAAAAAAGUAUUCAGCGAAAGAGUAUUAACAGACAGCGUGCAGGCAGGAGGUGUGGGUUGUGUAAGUGAUGCAGUGAAUGUCUGAUGAUUAGAUGACAAUGUUAUACAGUACUGUAAGUCCAGAUUCUACGCAAACGGACGCAGAGAAACAAGAUGUCAUCGACAAGAAAAACUGCCUGGACCCAUGUGAAAAACUCGCUGAAUUCAUCAAAGAUCACUCUGACAAUGGUUUUGAGUUUUGUAAACCGAACGCGUUAGCAUUCAGCACCUAUCGUGAUCGCACGAGAGAUGCGCACUCAGUGCUUAACAGUCCUUGCAAGCCUAGGGUGAUUACGGACACGCAGAAGACCGGGAGGCUUGGGAACUCCAGACCGACCAAGCGGUCUAGGGACACUGACAGUCCCGUGUCCACACUUGAUGAUCUGAUGGAGUACCGAGAGGCCCCAGCGAGUCCCUCAGCCUCGUCCGUGACCACCACACUGUCGCUGGAAAAUGGCGGGUCCCCAGACACACCAAACUCCCCGCCUGCCCCUGACAAUGCGGAGAUGGAUGAGCGGCUCCCAAACGAACUCCUGGAGGAGCUGUAUGAGGAUAUCGGCCUCAAGGAGGGCAUGGAACUGGACUUUGUGGAGUACCUCAUGGAACAGGACGCGGGCGAUCCCUCUCAGUACAUGACCGCCGAGGCGCUACGAUCGUCUGGGUUCCCGACCCCAACCAACCAGAGCCAGGCUAACAGCGCCCUGAAUACUCCCACCAAUAAGACCUCCAGUGACAGUAUAUGGAACACAAUCGCUAAUAAUUCUAGUGCUGUGAAUGGCAAUAACAGGAACUGUGGAUCUCCAUCGUAUUCAAUAGCAUCUAGUACCAAUGUUACUAUUGCUACGUCCAGCGGUUCGAGUAGUCCGGUGAGCAAGCGAUUCCACAUGUCAAACUCUGGGCCUCCCAGUCCACCUCCUCUUUCUCACAUGGGCGCAAACACAGUGUUUAAAGCUCCGCAUACUCCACCGACACCAAGAAGACCAAUGCCCAAUAAUUCACAAGGUGCCAUGUCUCCUAGGUCAAACCUCUCUUUAAGCUCAAACCAAAGCAACCAGAGCGAGCACAGUUGCCAUAGCAACCAUUCAAGUGUUCAUGGUAACCAAAAUGUUGCCGGUUCGAACCAAAGCCAUCUACCACAGCGGUGCUAUUCCCCUCGCACUCUGGGCGGGGCGCCAUCUCCACAGAUGCCCCACAGUACUACCGGUGUUCCAGGGUAUAAACCACCCCCUCAGUAUGGACAAUACCCAGGUCAAAGUCAAGGUCAGAAUAUGGCUAUGCCACAUCAGCAUAAGCCGCCAAUGCAGGGUCAGCCGUUUCGUCAUGGUAGGCCUGUACCACCAAAUGUCAAUGUGCAGAACUUUCAGCAGCAGAAUAGUGGUAAGUUCAUGCCUCAAAAUAUUUCGCAAGGGGGACAGUCGUGUGCCAUGAGUGGAAGUGGUAACCAUGGCAACAUGGCUUUACAAGGUCAGACCAUGAACUCUUUGUAUAACCGUCCAUUAGAAUCUCCGCUUGAUCAGGGAUAUUUCACGUCAUCUGAUUCAAUGAGCUCAAGAAGUUUUGACUCAGCAGCAUCAUCAGUGCCAUCUAGUUUAUCUGUGAAUUCUGGACUCAUGAACGGGCAGCAGCAGAAAAUGCACAUGGGCGCAGUGACACCUCAAAAGUCUGUGCAUUUCGCUGAGAACUCCAGUGCUAAUUGUGCUCAACAGAAUGGUGGUUUGCCGUACGAACCAUGCUAUAGAACAAAUGUUCCUGAUUGUGAAUUAGAGGAAUAUAGGAAUAGCAUUCAAAGAAUGCAUUCAAAAAAUCCGAAAAUGAUGCCACAUUUGAAGCAUCAUGUGAAAACAGAAACCGCUCCCUAUACUGUUCCUACAAACUCUGGUCAAACCAAUGUAAACUCCUUUGAAUACUCAAACACAAACAAUAUGCAGCCGUUUGAUUUCCACACGGCAAAGUCUUCCAGUAGAAACAACUUUGGAAUGGACAGUAACCAGAACUUGGUGAUGCAAAACUACGGUGAUAACAUGCCAAAUCAGUCGAAUAUGAACUGUCAGAUGCCAAAUGGUGCAAUAGGCCCUAUGCAACAUCAUUCAAUGGAGCAAUAUAGGGGCCAAGGGCCGUGUCAAAUGGGUCAGGACCCUUCAAAAGGGAAUUCUAUGUACGGUCCUAUGAAUAUGCAAAAUAAUAACAUCAUGAAAAAUGCAAACUGUCAGUUUUCAGGACAGACUCAGGGUAAUAUGAAUGAGAACUGUGGAGGCAUGGGAAUGUCUGCGCAGCAAGGCAUGUUAGCAAAUGGGGGUCAAAUGGGGCCGCAUUCAAAUAUGAAUCAAAACUUUGGACCCGGGCAGGACUAUCAGGGUAUGGGUCCUAGUUCACAAACAGGGUUUCAGGGUUCAAUGCCGCGAUCUAUGAACGCCGGUUGUGCAAGUGGUGGUCCUAUGAUGGGAUAUGACCCUCAAUUUGCUCAGCAAAACCGAGGUCAGAUGGGUGACCAUAUGAACAUGAACAAUAUAGACGAACAAAUGUUCCCACAGGGUACCAAUAUGGGUGACGAAAUGGGCUGGAAUGGCGGCAUACCUCAGACACCACAACAACCCCAUCAAAUGGGAGUCGCACCCCAGUCCAUGCCUAUUGGAAUCCCCGGGCAAGGCAUGGGUCCCAGCUCAGGUCAAUGUGGUCAGCUGACUGGGGAACCAUGUGUCAUACCAAACUGUUCAAACUGCAAAAACAUGGCCUCGCCAAACCGUCCACCGAUGAUGGCGUCACAACAACGUUUUAUUCAGCAUCUUAUUACUGACCGUUCAAAUGCUUUUAGGUCGCAUCCACUGUUUCCGUUAUUGCGAGAUCUCAUAAUAGCAGACAUGAACUUCAGUACGCCAAAUUUUCCAUAUCAGUUGAUAUCGAAUCUUCCAGCCGAUUUUGACAAAUUGUUGCAGAACUUCUUGCACCGGAACCCACCAGCUGGAAAUUACCAGACAAACUUUGCAGUUGAGAGUGUGGUAAUGGAUGCCCUGAAGUAUGCUCACCAUUGCCUGAUAGAGAAAAUUCGUCAAAAGCAGGACCAGGAAGCAGACAAGCAUGGCAAGUCCUCGUCCAAAUCACUCAGCGCUAUUGAAGAGUUCUGUGAAAAGUUCGACAAAUCAGUACGCAACAGCUACAUCAAGCCGGCCACUCUUCAGCUUGGUGGUAGUGUUGGUCCUGGUGGUAACCAUGGCAAUAUGGGGGUGGGGCCUCCGCAGAUGGCUGGACCAAUGGGAAUGCAGGAAAUGGGCACACCCCAGAAGGACAUGAAAUACAUGGGCAUGGGUAACAUGAUGAUGCAUUCGGACAUGAUGUACUCCCCACAAGCCAAGAAAGGUCUGGAGUUCGGAGGCAUGAUGUCUCCAGGCUUCAAGCUCAUGGUGGAUUUCGACACGGCCAGCGAUUGUGGUAGCAUUGUCAGUAGCAGCAGUCAUCCCGGCAAGCCAGAGUCCAAGAAACACCCAAGUCUGCCAAAAGAGGCGGUUGCCAUCAUGUUAGACUGGUUACGACAACACAAGGACAACCCCUACCCCAAUGACGACGAGAAGGCCAUGCUGAUCAAACAGACUGGUUUGACGAUCAACCAGAUCAACUAUUGGUUCACCAAUGCCAGGCGUAGAAUAUUGCCCAAGUGGGCGCAACAGUGCAAAACGUAGAUCAGAUUUUGGUCUUAUUUAUAAUUGUAAUACACAUGAUUAUUGUUUUAAUGUAAUUUCAGCUAAUUUAAGAUUCUUAAUAUUUGGCAAUGUUUUGAAAAGCAAAAGACAGUUUUCUUGAAGAACAUAUUUCUAUUUUUAAUAUCUUGAAAUUUGUUUGAAGCAAAGACCGAGAUUUAUGUGUGCAAUUUUUUUUUUGGACAAAGAAAAUCAAGAUUGUAAUUUAGUAUGGGCCUUCCCUCAACAGGUUAAAGGUUCAUGUAACUAUUAAAUUGGUGCAGGUAUGAAUGUUGGAUUGUAAGGUUUGUUUACCCAGUAACUUACUUCAUUGAAAAGUGUGCAUGUAGUGUACAUUAUUGAGGCUGAAGAGUGUCAGAAUGAAGCUGAAACAUGUCUGCAAACACAAAAUAUACCAUAAUUGUUCUAAGAAUUUCAGGAAAAAAAUAUUUUUUCUUGAUGAACUAUUUUGUAAAAUCACUGUAAAAUAAGAAAUCUGGUGUGUAAUAAUUUAUACAUAUGGUAACUUAUUAGUUUAGUUACUAUUUGAAUUUUCUAAUGUAUAGACGAUGGUGAAGAAAAACAUCUCUGAAAGACUGUGAUAUAUACCAAAAUGGUGAAAAUAAUAUUGAGAUUACUGCCCCUCUCAUAUAAAGGGCAAUAAUUCUGUGUUGUAGAUUGUUGUAUUUUGUUAUUUAAAAACGUUCAGAAAAAAAAUCUUUAUUGUAUCUUAUACAAUAUUUGCCUUACCUUUCUUUAAACAUUGCUUUUUGAUGAAGAUACAUGUAAUUUUUUUACUUCACGAAUAAUCUCUUAAAUGUCUUGAUGGUUAAAAGUUUAUAUUUCAACUUUUGAACUGAUGCUAAACGCAAGUAUUUCAAUUCCUUAAAACGGUUCAAUGUAUUGCCUUUUGUCAUUUAAAAAAUAGCCAUCUGUUUUAGAUUUUUAAGAAGGAAUAAUUAAAUUAACUUCAUUCAGAGCUUUCAUGUCUAUUUUCAGGCAGCUAUGAACCAUUUUAUUUUUGACUGGUUUUAGAUUCUGCUUUCUGGUUAGUCAAGCACUAUUUCACAGUCUAUGCUUUAACAGAGCUUUUCCGAUUUUGACAGAGAGAAGUGGCAUGUUUGUCAUGUUUGUCGAUGGUUUCGAUAUUUACUGUGUAUUAUAUGAUAGUUUUAUUUAUCUAUGUAUAUUAAGACAAACAACAUAGAAUCAUGCUUAUUUCUGUAUAUAUGUAAAUAUUUUAUGUAUAUACUUUUAGAAAUAAUAGUGCUUUAUAUUUAAUUUUAUGAAAUCCCAAAGAUGUAUUUUUUAUUUUAAAGGUUUUAGUGAACAAACAUGUGAGAUCAUUAUCAUUAUUUGAUAAUGUGACAAAAAAACUAAGCAUUUCGGGUCCUUUUAUACCAAUUAUGUUAUUGUUUCUUCAUAAGAAAUUAAUAUCAUACUUUUUCACCAUGUUUUCUUCUGUGCCUUUAUCUAUCUUUUACUAAUAUGCCUUGUGCAACUUCAUAAUAUUUACUGCAAAAUAUGUGCCUUCCAAGGAAUAUUGAUAUUGGGUAAUACAAGGAAUUGUGGGUGCCUUGAAAUACAUGUCUACUAAAAUAUUUACAUGAUGUGGAUAUAAUAAUUGUGCAACCAUUCUGUAUCCCUUGUUUAUAAAAACGAUCUAUGUUUAAGCUGUUUCUUUAACUUUAAGUAUCAUUUAUUUUCCAAAGAAUUUCUUCUACUAACUGUUAUGGUUGAACACAUACCAAGGUUGUGGUAAAAGCUGAUUAUUUGUGCCUUCUUUGCAAUAUAUUAUGUAGUAGUUGUGGACAAUUAUAAUAUAGUAAUGUAUGAGCGGCGCUCUCCGAAACCGGGCUUAACCCUUUGCAUGCUGGGAAAUUUGUCGUCUGCUAAAAUGUCGUCUGCUGAAUUUCUAAAAUUAGCAUUUUCUUCGAUUUUUUUCAAAGAAUAUUAUCAGAAUAGCAAACAGUUUGGAUCCUGAUGAGACGCCACGUUUUGUGGCGUCUCAUCUGGACCCAAACUGUUUGCAAAGGCCUUCAAAAUUCGGUUCCCGCACUGAAAGGGUUAAUUCAUUUUCGUUAACAUCCCUGAUAAGUGUGUAUAGUCUGUAUAGUAAUUUUUGUUAAAAUGAAGUGUCUUCUAAAAUUGAAUCAAUGCGGAUUGCACAGGCUAGUCUGGGACGACACUUUACCCACAUUAAUUAAGCAAGGUUUUCCCAAAGACCGUUUCAUAUGUCAUCUGCAUGACGGUAUUGUUUAUCACUUAGCGUUAAAAUGCCUUUGUUAUUUAAAAUUUUGUGUUACAUGUUUCAAUACAUUAAAUCAUGUUUUCCAAACUGCUGUAACUCUGUGGCCAUAUUUUGGUAUUACAGUGAAUUUUGUAUUGUAAUUGAAAAGCCUUCCUAUCAUUUUUGAUAAUUUUUAACAUUUGUAACAAUUAAUUUCUAACGAAAUGUUCUCCCCAUAUCUGCUAGCUUAAGACCAAAGAGGAUUUUGCACUUAUCAUUUUUCCAUUGAAUUCUAGAGAAUCAUUUUCAAUUCAAGUAAUUAGUUGAAAGUUUUAAAGCCAUGAUAUUCGCUAACAUUUUAAGAAUUACGCAUUCUUUUCAUAUUUGUUGAACUGACAAAUUUAACAUGAUACAUGAUCGCAUUAUUUUAUGAACAUAGUAAGAUUUUUAAGAGUUUUUAAAAGAGUGUCUUUUAAAUGUGUGUUAAAUAAUGACACCUGUUAAUAUUUGUUAUAAAUACAGGCAUGUUUUAAGAUUGUUCAGUUGUUUUAGCACAGGGUUGUUUGAUUUAUUUGAAAACUUCUGUUUGCAAUUUGUUUGAUUUAUUUGAAAACUUCUGUUUGCAAUGUUAGCAAGUACUGGUCUGUUAACUUUAUCUGAGAAGUUGUGUGAGCUUUGGGUUGUAAAUAUUGUUUUAUUUGUUACCCACCUUAUGGCUAAAAGCCACUUUGUGCAAGGUAGUGUCAUGUUUUAAUAUAAGUAUAUAUACAUUAUAUAACUUAAAUGUACUUCAGCGGAGUUGUAUUACAUACAUUUGCAGCUGUCAAAUAUAUUUAUUUUACAUGACGAGGCAAUAUAAGAGGUUUUUUUACCUGGUAUGCACAAUGUCUUUGUUGCAUAUAUGACCCACAUCAUGCAAAAAUGGGUCUUAUGCCACAUUGGCACAGUCUGGUCAAGAGCUGCAGAGUCCCUUACAAAGUCACGUAAGCUCCCAUGUUCUCAUUUAUUGACAUAGUAUAUCCUUACCAGACUGUGAGAAUGUGCAGGCUGUACUGGCACUAUGCUAGCUGUAAAUAGCAUAAGAACCAUUUUCGCAUGAUGCAGAUCAAUUGUAUUGCAGUAUGCACAUGGACAUUGAUCAUUAUGCAAAUGGCCACAUAAAUGGCAGUUUGUAAAAUGCAAUAGGUUGUCUGAAAAUAAACAUAGUAAUUAUAAAAAUCUAUGUAUUGGCAUUGUGAACAUUUCUGUUGAUGUAUGCUUUUUAUGUGUUUCUAGUUGUUUCACUUUUCUUCAUUUCACGAACUAAACAAACAAAUUUAAACCCCAUCUUAGUAUGUUUCUCUUUUGUACAAAGUUGUGUUACUCCUUUAUAUUUCAUGUUUUCAACCACUCAGCAUGGCAUGCCUUGCAAAAUGAUUUAUUUGGAUGUUCAGAUAUGUUUUUACUUUGAUACAAUCAUUAUUUUAUUGUAAAAGAAAAUAAACAUGUUUUAAUGCAUACUAUUCAUAGUA